CAAAGAUCGAUCAACAAACGCUUAACCCCACCAAUAGUACUAUGCGCAAAUUGUUUUAACUAAGUCAAAGUCGUUUUCGUUUUGGAUACGAUUUCAAGUUGAAUGACAGCUAUAAAUAAAUGCCAAGGGUUCCAAUCCAACCAUUCAUGCUUCCAUCUUCAGUUAAAAAUGGCUUCCACCACCACCAAUGCCAAUGCCAAACAAAUCGUUACAGAGAUACCCGAGUGGGUUCGCGUCUUCAGUGAUGGCACCGUUGAACGUCCGCGCGAUUUUCCGAUUGUCCCACCGACGCUGCACAACUCUAACACAGGAGUGUCGUCCAAGGACAUUGCAAUCUCAAACAAACCUCCAAAACCAAUUUCGGCACGAAUUUACCUCCCAAACAUCUCCAAUUCCCAGACAGAGAAGCUUCCCAUCUACGUCUACUUUCACGGGGGUGGCUUCUUCUUCGAAUCCGCCUUCUCCAAACUCUACGACGUCCAUCUGCUGAAGUUGGUUUCUGAGGUAAAAGUUAUGGUAGUUUCCGUGGAGUACAGACUGGCCCCAGAGCACCCUCUCCCUGCAAGUUAUGAUGAUUGUUGGGAGGCUCUCAAAUGGGUUGCAUCACAUUCUGACUCUACCAAAUACCCCACAGACAACACUGAGCCAUGGCUCAUUCACCAUGGUGACUUCAACAGAGUAUUCAUAGGAGGAGACAGUGCAGGUGCCAACAUAGUCCACAACAUUCUUGCCUUUCGUUUUGGGCAUCAGUCCUUGCCUGGAGACGUUAAAAUACUGGGCGCUGUUCUGGCUCAUCCUUACUUUUAUGCCUCACAGCCUGUUGGGUCUGAGCCUGUUACCGGAAUUGAGCAGAACUUCUACAAUCUUGUUUGGAAGUUGGCGUACCCAUCUGCACCAGGUGGGAUCGAUAAUCCCUUCAUUAACCCUUUGGCUCCCGAUGCUCCCAGUCUGGCUCAACUUGCUUGUUCUAAAAUCUUCAUCUGCGUUGCUGAAAAGGACGGUUUGUGCGACAGAGGAGUUUGGUACUAUGAGGCUGUGAAGAAAAGUGGUUGGCAAGGUGAAAUUCAAUUCUUUCGGCAGGAAAACGAGGAUCAUGUUUACCAUCUCCUCCAACCAGCCCUCAAUCAAGACUCUCGUAACGCUUACAAAUUGAUCAACCUCAUCGCUUCUUUUCUAUAUUUCUGUCUAAAAAAAAAACCUGACUCCUCUGUUUCUAAUUACUCUGUUCACAUGGCUUCCACCAACUCAAAAGAGAUCGUUGCAGAGCUACCUACCUAUAUCAGAGUCUUCAGUGACGGCACCGUGGAAAGGCCAAGAGAAACACCCUUUGUCCCACCUUCAAUUGAUGACCCUCUAACAGGGGUCUCAUCCAAAGACAUCGUCAUCUCUCAAAGCCCUCCUGUUUCAGCUCGAAUUUACCUUCCCAAACUAGCCCCAACCAGUGACCGAGACCAUCCUCAGAAGUUGCCCAUCUUGGUCUACUUUCACGGUGGUGGAUUUUUCUUUGAGUCCGCUUUCUCCGAACUAUACCAUCGCUACUUCAACAUCUUCGUUUCCCAAACAAACGUCAUAGCGGUUUCCGUGGAGUAUAGGCUCGCUCCGGAGCACCCUCUCCCCGCAUGUUACCAUGAUUGCUGGGACGCUCUCAAAUGGGUUGCGUCCCAUUCCGAUCAAAACAACGCCACCAAUGAAGAUCCUUGGCUGAUUUCCCACGGUAAUUUCCAAAGAGUUUUCAUUGGGGGGGACAGUGCAGGUGGGAACAUAGUUCACAACAUUGCCAUGCGUGCUGGGACUGAACCCUUACCUUGUGAUGUUAAAAUAUUAGGAGCUAUUUUCUCCCAUCCUUACUUCUGCAGUUCGGAGCCAAUUGGAUCUGAAGUUGUUACUGGGCACAUACAUCGUUUGUUCUGUUUAGUUUGGGACUUUGUGUACCCUUCUGCGUCGGGUGGCAUUGAUAUCCCCAUGUUCAACCCCUUCGCUCCUUUGGCACUAAGCUUGGAUGGACUUGGGUGUUCCAAGAUUAUUGUGUGUGUGGCUAGCGAGGAUAAAAUUAGGGAUAGAGGGGUUUGGUACUUGGAGGGUGUGAGAAAGAGUGGGUGGCAAGGAAAAUUGGAACUGUUUGAAGAGCAAGGUGAGGAUCAUGUUUAUCAUAUCUUCCAUCCCGAUUCUGAGAAAGCAAUGAAGAUGAUCAAAUGCUUGCGAUUGUUUCUGCACGAGUAGGCCAAACUUCUUUGUCGGAGAUUUCAAUGCUAUAAGAAUGCUUUGUUUGUUUGUAUUGACUUAUAAUAUUACUGAUAUCUUAUUAGAAGAGCAGGUUCUUCUGUAUCAGUAUUGUUCACAAUAAUUUAUGAAUUCAGUUA